AAUCUAGGAAUUUAAUAUAAAUGUUUAUAACUUGAAGUUUGAUCAAUACUCGACUCGAAGUUUCAUUAUAUUUGGAAAAUUGAUGUGAUGUAAAAUUAUCAUUUGAAAAUGGUAUUCCAACGCGAUUAAAAUGUGGAGUGAACAGAAGCGAGAAAGUAGGAGCUCCGUUUUGCCGAGAAAAACAAAUUUGAGACUUGUACCGAAGACGAAAUGGGAGGGACCACGACAAAAGCCCAAGUCCUACUGGAAGGAUGUAUUCGAGGACCUGGACACCAACCGGUUAAAAGUAAAUCAGCCUUUACUCUCCCUAUUCCCUUCCUCCUUAGGUAUUCCCAUCGAAAGUGGCGUCAGCAUUCGUGAUGAGGUACUCGCGAAAUCAGAAACACCAGAUGUCAAGGCUAAAUUCAUCAUGAAUGAACCAAUAGUCAAAAUCUCCCCGCCAUCUCCAUCACAUAAUGGAACUGAAGGACGUUGCACGAGUGAAUGCAGUUUCCGAUGUUGAACAACCCAAAGACAUUGCAGAAGAUAAAGCAAAAGCUCAAGAGAAAGCUCCCGCAGGUCUCUCGUCCAUUGGCCAGAUAUCUCAGUUAACUAAAAUCUCAA